AUGACUCGGAGCUCGGAGACGACGUUGUGGGUUUCGGGAGGAAGCACGAAGGAGACGCAAGAGUUCUUUGGCGAUGCAAAUGGAAAAUGCAUAAAUGGAAUAUUCACGUCGUCUGCCUUAAGAACCACCGCUUUUGGACUAACAAACAAUGGCAUUCUUUUCACCGGCUACCCGGUGAUCGGGUACCACAACCGCAUCCAGGCAUCCGGCACCAUCGCCCUUUCCAAAGCCAAGCCCUUCAUCCACGACAUCCGCAAGCUCGUGGAGCUCGAGCCUAAGUCCCUCUGUGGGCUGGACCUCAACAAUGGCAUCCUCAUGAGGUAUGUAACGGCCUCUUCCGCCUAUCUGGGAAAACAAGAGGACUCCAUCGACUUUGACCUCACGUACUACAGGGCCAGGGACCCGAUGAGCCCGAGGCUCUUUGAAGACAUCCUGGAGGAAAUCGAACAGAUGGCCGUCUUUAAAUACGGCGCAUUGCCUCAUUGGGGCAAAAAUAGAAAUGUGGCUUUUGUAGGGGCAUUUAACAAGUAUAGAAAUGCGGACAAGUUUCUUAAGGUGAAAGCGGAGUACGACCCGUUGGGUUUGUUUUCGAGCGAGUGGACGGAUCAGGUUCUCGGGUUGAGGGAGGGGCUGAGUGUGGAGAGAGAGGGGUGCGCAUUGGAAGGCUUGUGUGUGUGCUCACAGGAUACUCAUUGUGCCCCAAGUAAGGGUUAUUAUUGUAGAGCGGGGAGGGUUUAUGUAAAAGCAAGAGUUUGUUCUAAAGUUAAAGGCAACAUUUCUUAA